AUGAAAGAAACAAAAAUAAAAAUUGAGCGAAGACUCAUGACACAGAUUCCGAUUAUAGAGACGAUCAAUAACCUAGAUCCCGAUGACACAGACUGAUCUUCUUACUUAUCAACCGCAAGUCUAAAAAAAUUAUCAGUUUCUCAGAAACUUGAUGACAAUUUAUUGCCGCCAAGUUUAUUUAAAUGUGUCACAAAGUCACACAUUUAAAUAAAAGGAAAAAUAUUUUACCGAAUAUUAAAAUGGAAAGUGGACUAGGAUAUUCAUAUCAUCUGCCUUCAGGGGGAUGGAGUUCGAAAAUUCGUAACACGUUGACACAAUUCAGCGAUUUGUUUAGUGAAUUUAAUAAAUAUAUUGCACCUGCCUAUCAUCAUGAUCGAUGUGAAAGAUCAGUACCAAUGCGCCUUUACUCGAUGCACAAACGCGAGUUCGUUAUGGUGUUUGUUGCAUUUUUCGCGUGUUUUGGUCUCGCAGUUUUUAUAGGACUCGCUGGGCCACCGAUAACUUCGACAGUCGAAGAAAAAGCUAAGCUAAAUGCCACAGAUAUGGCCACUGGGCCAUUUAUUAUGAAAACUCCAGCUCUGUCAACUUAUAGCCAGCAGUUGUGGGUCAUUGCCAAGUUCUCGACGUCAAAUACUGAUGAUGAGAGAUAUGACAAGAGUUUUCAAGUCAGUGUUAAAAUAGACGGAAUAAAUGAAGAUGACAAGUUGGUUUCGGUGCUGGAAAGUGAAACUGCACAUCGCAAUAGGACGAGACAUUUAAAAUGUGAGAGACAAGUGUGCGAAGAAUUAAUUGUCGCACAUUUGGGAUCUCUUGAUUAUACGCAUUAUAUAUUAACAGUAAGAUUUUAUGGCCUCGAGGGCUUCCAUCAGCGGUAUUCAAUACGAGACUUGAGUUUUUAUUUCAAAAAUUACAACCCAGCGUUCACGCAAAUUGAAAUAUGGUUCAGAUUAAUAUUUCUACUCGCCACUUUUAUAAUCACGUGUUGGUUUGGCCACUCACUGAAAAAAUACCCAAUGAACGAUUGGUCAAUUGAACAAAAAUGGGUGUCAGUAUUACUUCCACUACUUAUUCUUUACAAUAACCCAUUUUUUCCAAUGAUAUUUCUUAUAAAUUCAUGGGUACCAGGAAUGCUGGACGCAGUCAUGCAGACAACUUUCCUCUGUGCGAUUUUAAUGUUCUGGCUCUGUGUUUAUCACGGCCUGAGACAAAAUGACAGAAGACUAUUAACAUUUUAUUUACCAAAAUUGUUGGUAAUCGGAUCACUAUGGUGUUCAUCACUUACUUUGGCCACGUGGUUAAGAUGGACAGAGCUUGAAGAUCCGACUUAUGAUUACGCACUCGAUACAUCAAAUUAUUAUGGAUUUAAAGUCUUCUUUUUUACUGUUGGAUUUAUUUAUAUUGCGUACUUAUUAUUAUUGAUGUUGAAAGCCUACAGUGAAUUGCGCGCAAUGCCAUAUUUUGAUCUAAGAUUAAGAUUUCUGACAUUACUGGCAGUGAUAGUAGCAGCGGUAUGUGGAAUAGUGACAUCAAGACAUUUUGGUGCUGGAGUACUAGAAGAUAGUUUUGCGUCGCGUUUAUCAACUUAUUACCGUACAAGUGCACAAUUUAUGGCACUUUAUGGUUUAUUGAAUUUUUAUUUAUAUACUAUGGCUUACGUCUAUUCACCAGGUUUACAACAAAUUUACGGCCAGCAUUCUUCGAUUACAAAAGAUAAUCCCACAUUUUCAAUGAUAAAUGACUCUGACGAAGAUGUUCUUUAUGGUUCCGACGAAGACAGCAGAAGACCACUGACACGUGCGACGAGAAAUACCGACGAUAGUGAUUAAAAUAAAUAACUAAUUAGU